CAUUACAAUCAUUUAUCAAAUAAAUAACAUUUCAAAAGAAAAAGCGAUGGCACCCUCUCGUUUUCUAAACCUUGUUUUAGUCUUUGUGACCGUGGUCUCCAUAUUCUCCACAUUUGCUGAGGCCAAUAGGGGAUUUGGAUGGGGUUGGGGUGGAGGCUCAAACUAUUCAAGCAGUUCAGGUUCAAGCCCGGGCUCAGGAUGGGGUUGGGGCUCUAGCCGGAAUGGCUCAGGAUGGAGUUGGGGUGCUGGCACCAACUAUUCAAGUGGUUCAAGUUCGAGCCCUGGAUCGGGAUGGAGUUGGGGUUGGGGUAUGGGCUCCAACCAUUCAAGUGGUUCAGGUUCAAGCCCUUGGUCCGGCUCUGGUUGGGGUUGGGGUCCUAAGAACACAAACAGCUCAAGAUCUGGCAGCUCCGGUUCAGGCUGGGGAUGGGGAGGUCACUCAAAAGGCUAUAACGCAACCUACAAUGCACCUAGAAAGAUCAUAGUCGGUGGAGACAGAGAGUGGACAUAUGGUUUCAAUUACUCCGACUGGGCUUCUAAGACUGCCCCCUUCUUUCUCAAUGACAUACUUGUGUUCAAAUACAACCCACCAGCACCGUUCACGCACAGCGUCUACUUGUUUUCUAACCCAUCGAGCUACGAAAAGUGCAAUGUGAAGAAAGGAAAGAUGAUAGCAUCACCGAAGCAAGGUGCUGGGAAUGGCUUUGAGCUUGUUCUUACAAAAAUGAGGCCUUACUACAUCUCGUGCGGUGAGCACGACGGUGCUCAUUGCAGCAAUGGCACCAUGAAGUUUACCGUCAUUCCGAUCCUCCCCCGUUGGUAACUUGUUUGGUGUUUAAAGCCAAAUCCAGAGUCAAAAGCAUCAAAGAUUAGGUUUUCAUUUUGUUGUGUCUUCAAAUAACAGAUUACCAUUAUUCACAUUUUGUUGGGAUUUAUUUGUGGUUUUGCUUUGUCUUUUUUUUUUAUGAGAUCACCCUGGUUUAUGUAUCCUACCAUAUUUUCGUGGUAAAAAUUAAUGGCAAGAUUUAAUACUUA